CUAGGAUUGAGUAAACACAGUCAUUGCCUUUUACCACCGCUGCGCUGCGCUGCGCUGCCCUACUCCUCCAUCCAUUAUCACGAAGCCGACGGAAGGAAAACCGCAGAAGCACAGCGCUAACCAAAUCCCUCCUAUUGCCCACCGAGAACUCCGAACAGUACUGACCAAACAGCGGGCGAGGAAGCAGACUGACCUCCGGCGACCCAACUCCGGACGACCAUCAACUUCAAGCCCAGACGGCUUCACCAUUUCUGUUUUCUUGCCUUGGCUCCAAUUUCGUCUUCUUCGCAAUCCCCUCUGAAUCUAGGGUUUUCGGCCCUUUGCCCUUUUCGAGGUUCGUUUCAGCUUGUUGCUUCUAAUAGGCCCUUCUUUCACUCGGAUGCUGGGUAUGCGUGAGAUUUGGCCAUUUUGAUGAACGUUCGUUAGAGAUAAACCCUCCGUGUUUGCUCCUAGAUGGUCUUUUUUUCGCGGUUUAAGCUUCUGGAGGACCAAUCUGUCUGUUAACAAUGCUAAUCUGGCACUCGUGAUUGUUUUAUGCUGACCAAGUUAGACUCUUCUCUUUGAGAGAAUUAUUGGGCAAUAGUUCUUUUGAUAGCCCAAUUAACACUGCACAAGCCAAUAGGGAAUUGAAUCCAAAGUUAUAGAGUUUUGUCUCUUUAUAUAUAAUGGUAUGCGCUGAGGAUGGAGCAAAGUGAACCGGCAUUGGUUCCACAGUGGUACAGAUUUGCAAACGGGAGCACUUCCAACAAUGUUGUGCGAGCUAGCUCUUCCAAACAUUUUGAUGGAAAUGACGUAGAUUUUGGCAUGAGAAAUAGAACACUUGGCGAUCAAGAUCAAAACAUAAGGAGUUUGAGCUCUAACAGUUCUGUGAGUCACAAUAAAAGUAGCUUCGCUAAAUCUCAGAUAUAUAGUAGUUUUCGAAGGUCUCGUGAUAGAAACCAAGAUAAGGAUUUUGACCGACGUGAUAGUGAAAAUAGGUCAGUUUUUGUUGAUAAUGGAUUCAAUUGUCGUGUUUCAUCUCCUAAAUCUGAAAAAGAUGACUUAAGGAAUUUCGAAUCUACAAUAGAAGGAAGGCAAGUUGAACCUUGGUCUAAAAGACUUGGAAGUAGUGGAAAUAAUAGUGUUCCUCAUGGGGGAGCUGCAAUUAGCAGCAUUAGCAGUACAGCUUUUGAGAAAGAUUUCCCAACCCUUCGAGUUGAUGGGAGGCAAGGGUUUUCAGAUGGAGCUGGUGUAUCACCUCUUGGUGUUAGAACUUCUGUUCAGAGUCUUCCCAUUUCUUCUCCUGUCAUUAUAGGAACUUCAGUCCUUGCAGAAGUACCAGUUAAAGUUGAAACUACUGGAACUGUGUCCUCACCUGUGCCACAAGCCGUUUCCAUUGGUCAAGUAUCUGCAGCCGGAAGCACUAUGGCAGAGACUCUAGCUCAGCCACCACCCCAAGUUGAUACUCUUCAGUUAUCCGUUGAUACACAGAGGAUUGAGGAGCUUACUCUUAAGAAAUGUAAGCAACUGAUACCAGUGACUCCAAUGCCUAAAGCUUCGAGUUCCAGCUUGAUUGAAAAGGCAAAGUUGAAAGUUGCAAGAAAAGGAGAGUUUGGGCAUCUUAAUAAGACUGGCCAGCAGCCUCAUGUGAACCUUACUGUCCGUCCACCAGCUAAAUUUGAUACUACAAAAACAGCUGUACCUGGAAACUUUCAAGUUCUUUACCGAGAGAAGAAUGAAAUAUCCCCCACUGCCAAAAAUGGACUUGGCGUUAGCAAAAUGAACUUUGGUCAUGUUCCAGCUGCUGCCGUUAUUCCUUUGAAGAGCCCAACUGACCAAAGACUUAGAGUCGAUAGCAGGAAUGGUGUGUCGACACAGAACUCCUCUGGGGAGAGAAAGCCUCUUUUUCAAGCUCAGAAUAGAACUGAUUUUUUCAAUUUACUGAGGAAGAAAUCAUUAACCUGCACAAGUGCUGUCCCAGAGUCUGCUUCUGUUCUAUCCCCAUCUAGCUUGGAGAUAGCUGAUGUUGAAAACAAGAAAAUCACAUCCCCACUGGAUGCUAGUCCUUGUUCAGACGUUACUGUUGACCCAGAAGAAGAAGCCUUCUUGCAGUCACUUGGAUGGGAUAAAAAUGCCGGCGAGGAUGCUCUUACAGAGGAGGAGAUCAAUGCCUUUCUUAAGAAGUAUGACAAGCAAAGACCUUUUAAAAGACAUGCCAUCGAAUCCCAACAAGAAUCCGAACCAGAACGCGGUGGUGCAGAUGCAUGAGAAUGGAUACUCCAUCCUACCUUGAAAUUUAUCUCCUACCCAGCUAGUUUUGAGGUGAUUCCUCAUUGAUAUUUGAAGGACUUGACAAAUCAUGGAUCAAAGAGAUGAAUUUCAGUUUUUUCCCCCUUGAAAUGGAUUGCAAAACCAGAAUAAAAUUAUAAAUGCUUCCACUUUUUGGAGCUGCGGUAUGAUAUUUCUCAAAA